AUUUUUUUAUAUAAAUCGCAUGCUAUGUCGACAUGGUACGAUAUUUACCACCAGCUUACUCUACAUCAUCUACAUUUAUAAACACUCUUGACCUCUCCUCACUAUCAUCAUUUACUAUAAACCUUACUUGAUAAGUAUACAUUACACAAAAUGAGUCGACAACCAAACCCAUUCAACAAUGCAAACUUCUGGGACUUUGUUCAGCACUUUGACCCCAAUCAAGCAACUGGCCGGGGAGUAGAUCACCAGACUGAGACUCCAUUUCCCUCUUUCAUGGCGGGUUUCCCCUUUGGUUCGCCAGCUGGCCCUCACCCUCCUCACCAUCCUCAUCCCCAUGGGCAUGGACAUGGUCCACGAGGACCUCCUCCACCCCCUGAGGCUGACGGCUUCGUCUGGGGUCCUUGGUUCUCUGGCGAAGGUGCUCCCGACAGUCGAAUCCGCAAUGAGCAACGCCAGCAGGCAAACGAGACUCAGCAAGCUACCAGCAGUGAAAGUCACGAGUCUGACGAGACCAUGAACGUCCCUGACCCCGAAGAAGUUGCUCCUGAAGAGAAUCAGUGCGGAGCUCGGCCUGAAUGGGCUGGGCGAGGCCGUGGCCGUGGCCGUGGAGGCCCUCGAUGCGGUCGAGGUCGAGGCCGCGGUGGCUUCCCCCACGGUCCUCACCAUGGUUCUCACCAUGGUCCUCAUCACGGCCCUCAUCCUCCCCCUCCCCCCUACGGUGGCCCCUUUGACCUUUCUGGCCUCUUCCGCGGAUGGGGCAAUCAUCCUUUCUUUCGCAACAUGCGCGAGCAGUUCCAAGAGAACCAGAACCAGGAACAAGACACCAAUGACUCAUCCGACUCCUCCUUCAACCCACCUAUCGACAUCUUCAACACCGAGAAGUCAUAUGUCAUUCACGUCGCCCUCCCCGGCGCAAAGAAGGAGGAUAUUGGUGUGAACUGGGAUGCCGACCGCAACCUUCUUAAGAUCGCAGGCGUCGUCCACCGCCCUGGCGAUGAAGCCUUCCUCAGCACUCUCAGCUCUGGCGAGCGCAAGGUCGGCAUGUUUGAACGCAACGUAGCUCUGCCGCCCACGGGAGCAGAUGAGCGCGACGAGGUUGACGGUCUGGGCAUCACCGCCAAGAUGGAGGACGGUGUCUUGGCUAUUACUGUGCCCAAGGCUGAGAAAGAGUGGACUGAGAUCCACAAGAUCGAUAUUGAGUAAGGAUUGGAAAGGUUGGAAAUGAUAUGUUAUGAUAUCCACACUUGUAAUGGAGUUUGGUAGCUGCUAUGGCUUUUGGUCAGUUUCACGAUAAGGUAGUUUUAGCUUCUGGUUUUAAUUUGGGCUCUGUUGGCGCGAAUACCUAAAGUAGGUACGAUAUAUAUAUUUAUUCAGAGGCGGAAAAAGAAAGGAAGAAGAAGAAAAAUAAGAAGAAAAAAAAAUAAAUACAUACAUAUAUUAAUUCAUCAAAAUCUUUAUUUGCG